AUGUUUGCUAGUCGACGGAAUAGGAAUAGACCUACGGGACUGCGAAAGGUUCAUAGUGACGAGGAAGAGGGGGAGGAGGAUGAAGGCGGUCGUGGGGAGAGCCCAGAGGCGGUUGGGUCGGCGUCUCAGUCAUCGACUCUGCUCUCUAUCAACGCUGAGGGUGACUCUAUGGAGGCUGUGACAGUGAUGAAGUCUAAGCAGUCUAGGCGACUACGGAGGGAACUCAAGAGGGAGAAGAAGGGUAUCAAACCUGAGUCGACGGGCCACAGUGGGGAUACUAGUGAUGAUAGAAGCAAUGGAGAGGCUGAGCACUUGGCACCUGCUAUCAAGGGUCAUGCGUUCAAUACGAGAAGAGCCCAGCAACAGGAUUGGAGGCUGGAGGGUCUCGAUACUGAAGGAGAUAUAGCAAUGCUGGCUAGUGAGACUAUCGAGAUUGAAGAGGAAGAUGAUGAUGAUGAUUAUGGUAGGGUAAGUGCAGAGAAGGAGGUCGACCAGGGCAUGGUAGCAGUCGAUGGCGGCCUCUUUGUGGUCGACACUGAUGGAGUUGAUGGAGAGGAGCACAUUGGAGUGACCACAGUAGCUGAAGUAGCUGCUAAGAACUUCGAUGAGGCCCCUUUGGGCAUAGGUCCUGUGACGGUGACACGAAGGCCACCGGGAACUGCGAUAUACGCGGGAGAGGACUACGAGGAGAUUCAGGUUACCGACCUAGACCCUGCGAUGGUGGCAGAUCCUGGAGUGAUAGACCUUGCCCGGCGGAAGAGGCAGAGGCAGCGGGAGAAGGUUAGGUCAUCAGAAAAUGCUAUGGCACCGGCACAAGUGAAAAAGGGGGAGUUCGCCACUAUAGAUUUGGAUCCUAGUGCACACGAUGCUCCGAUGACUGACACUGAUGGGGGUCUAGGAGGGCAUAGCACUCGAGGAAUGCUGCAUCGGUUAGAAGUGGAGAGGAAACGGGAACAGUUAAUGGAGUUUGGUGAUGAGGAUGAUGAUACGUGGGCUGAUGCCCAAAUUAAGAAGGUAGCGGGACUACAGAAGUUGAAGGAGUUCCAACAGAAGAGAGCUGAUGCUGCUUUGAUGGUUGAGAAGACGUCAGGAGAGAAAAUGGCAGAGGAUCUGUUUGCUGCUGAUCCCAUACCUUCGUUGGAGGAGGCCCUCGAUGCAGUUUACCGCAAGAUUCACUCUGAAAAGGUCCACCUGAUAGACUUCCAAGGCCGACAUAGGAAAUUGGAGACGGACCGAGCGGAGAGCCAACGGUGCUUAGACCGCAUCGAGAGUGACAGUCUAGAGGAGAAUGAGAAACUUGACGUUAUUACGGAUUUCCGUUCCUACGUGGAGGAUCUUGGCAGCUUCCAUGAUGCCAAAUAUGAUCAAACUGACAACGCUCUUAACCUCUUAGACAACAUCGAGAAGAAUGUAUGCCGCACGCAUGAGGAGAGGCAACUGAAGGCUCUGAUGACAGAUUACGCACGGGCGUCUGAGGAUGAUUCUGAAGAGGCUCGACUAGCACAGGCGAGGUUGAAGUGGCUCGGGAGUAGGGGGUCGGAAGAUGGGUAUAUUACUAGUGAUGGGGAGUACUCCGAUAUCGAGGAGAAUGAUGACCAAACAUGGCAGGCUCUUGCCACGGAUAAGAAGAAGUUCCUGAAGGCGGCUCACCUACAGAUUAUGGGUGAUGUUUCUGAUGACUUCAGCUCGGUACGAUCGAUCUGCCAGGAGUUUCAGAAGGUUCGUACAGCAUGCCCCAAGCUGUAUAAACAAGCCUUCCUCGGUGCCAGUCUUGAGGAGGCAGUGGCCAUCCCUGUGAGAUAUCAGCUGCUCUAUUGGGACCCGUUCAAUCUCUCGGCUAGUGAUGGUGAGGAUGUAGAGGAACGUCAUCAGCCGCGUAUUAUUACUACGGUAGAUGAAGUGAUGGAUAUGGAGUGGUUCAUUAGUCUUACUGACUACUGCAAUCCUCCUGGCCCUGUGGCUCUCGAUCAUGCCGAGAUGAAUGCUACUGUUACCGCGGACAGCCUUGUGGUGCCCCACGUCGUCCAUGAAUGCCUCUUCGAUCGUGUACGGCACUUCAUAAGCAACGUUUGGAACAUCAGCAGCAUGAAACAUGGGAAGAUAGUGAAGGACUUACUAGGACUGUGCGUGGACUUCGACGAGACCUCGGCUAGCGGUAGCUCGCCGUAUAAGGAUGUGAUCCUCACUGCAUGUGAGGAGAGGAUCAAACGAGCACUCGAGGGGCUCAUUGUCUCCCACGACCAGUGGAUGGCAAGCAAUCCUUCAGUGAGACUGCGCAUCACCCGAAGGAUGGCCAAGAUAUUCUCAUGCGUGUGCUUCGUCGGGACCCCCUUCCUCCCGCUGGCUACAGUUCACAUCGAUCAACUGCUCAUUCACGGGAUUCUUGAUCGACUAGGCGCCCUUAAUGAUGCGGAUGAUGCGAAGGAGAUACUGGAGAGAGUUCUGCGGGCUAUACCAGAGCAUUGGCUGUUCCAGAUGACCCCCGAAGCUCGAGAUUCUCUCAGAGGGUCGUUACAAGCUGCCUGCAAGAAGUUCGAGGUCGAUAUCAGUACACACUGCCGUGUUGAAUGUAUCACUAGAUCAGCGUGA